AUAUAAGUUGUUGUUAGAAGAAGAGUAAACCCUAGUUUUCAUUCCACUUUGUGUUCUGCGGUCGUUGUUCUUGUUCUUUCAAACACCAGGAUUUUUUCCUUUCCUUCAAAUCAAACAUCAUCCAAAAACCCACCAAUUACAAAUCACAAAUCAACACCCUUAAAGUCAAAGCUGAAGGUUCUAAGUAUCUCUGUAUAUUAUAACAUCAAGAAGCUGCAAUUCUCAUUUAUUAUACUCCAUGGACGAGGAAACUGAAGUUGCAGCUACGGAGUGCGCAGUUGGAGUUGGAGCUACGAAGGGCGCAGUUGGAGUUGGAUCUACGGAGGGGGUGAUUGAAGCCAAAGCUAACCCUGAAUCUACUCAACAAGCAGCUGCUGAGCUCCCCCCUUUUCCCACUACUAGGUGUAAGAGACCUAAUGCCAAUGGUAAUAGGAGAACCUCUUCCGUUUGGCUUGAUUUUAAUCCAUUACCCAAUGAACGAGAACCUACAACCGCUUGUAAACACUGCCAUAAAAGAUAUCGUUGUGAUUCUAAAUUAAAUGGGAAGUCCAGCAUGUUAGCACACUGUAGAGUCUACCUUAAGAAAUCAGAGAACAUGCUAAAUGACCCUAGGCAAACAAAUCUUAUAAAUGGGAAGGGUGGUUUUCUACUACUAGGUGUAAGAGACCUAAUGCCAAUGGUAAUAGGAGAACCUCUCCCGUUUGGCUUGAUUUUAAUCCAUUACCCAAUGAAUGAGAACCUACAACCGCUUGUAAACACUGCCAUAAAAGAUAUCGUUGUGAUUCUAAAUUAAAUGGGAAGUCCAGCAUGUUAGCACACUGUAGAGUCUACCUUAAGAAACCAGAGAACAUGCUAAAUGACCCUAGGCAAACAAAUCUUAUAAAUGGGAAGGGUGAUUUUCUAGUUUCAGUUAGCCAAAGGUACAAUGCAAAAGAUUGUAGGGAUUUUAUUUAUGUAAUACUAAUUAAGAGUAAUUUAAUGUCAUGCAGGAAUGACUUUUUUGGAUAUUUUGGAGUCAAAUAUGACUCAAUACUAAUGCACAACACAUGCAUAUGCUUUUGAAUGAUAUGGAAUGUAACAUGCUUCAUUUUCUUAGCUCCAUGAUGAUUGUGGAGUGUGGACAUGGUUUGAUGUUGAUGGAACUGUUUCAGCCGCUUGUUAAACUGGUUAAUACUUAAUUAUUGGUAAGCAACUGUAUGUGGAACUGAGCUGCUUGUUUAUAUUAUUAUCAAUUCUUACAAAAUUUGCUUGUGGACCUGAUUGUAUAUAUUCUUAAGACAAUACAAUCAAGUUAAAAAUUAAUUAAUAAACUGUAUGAUCAACAUUAAGAACAUAAUAGUAAACUAUAAGUUAGUUUAUGUAAUUGUUUCAACAAACACUUGUUGUAAUUGUUUUACUCAAAUAUUGGAUGCUGUAAUAUAUUAUAAUACUUAUACUGUUGAUAUUGUUGGACAACUGUAAUAUUUACUAAUAUUGGCUGUGUUGUGCAAGUUUGUUGUUAGUCAAUGCAAACAAGUUAAUAUAAUUUAUAUUUUGAACAAGUUUA